AUGUCGCGGGCCCUUCCGGCCCCCGCGACGGAGGUGUGUGUCCUCAUGGAAGACUCCAGCCUUCACAGUGGCUUCGAUCUGAACAAAGGCCUCACGCUUGCCUUUGUUACCUUUAUAUUACUCUUUCUGAUAGUGAUGAUUUUCCGGUGGUUGAAGUUUCUGAGGAAUCCAAACGAAGUUUUUGACUAAUAAGCUCCAUAACCACAGAUCCAUCUCUGACUUAAAGGACCAUAAAACCUGCAGACUCUCACAAGACAUUUGCAAUCUUG